ACAGAGGAGCAGAGCUCUAACCAAGAAUCAUAUCAUUCCAAAAGCCAACAGCCAACAUGGCACUGAGACCUCGUGCUUCUUCUCAGCCUGGGAAACUGUCCCUUUUCCAUACCCCCAAAGUGGCCUCCACUCUCAGGACACGGGCCGUGUCCUCUCACUCAGGCUCCAUGCUGGAAGAAGAGCUGUCAUGUCCAGUCUGCUGUGAAAUCUUCAAGGACCCUGUGGUCCUCAAGUGCAGCCACAGCUUCUGCAGGCCUUGUCUUCAGGAGUUUUGGAACAAGAAAAAAGCCAAACGCGAGUGUCCCGUGUGCCGGAGUAAGUGCUCUCUGACUGAGCCCACCGUGAGUCUGGCCCUGAAGAACGUGGCAGAGACUUUUCUAAAGGAGCAGGAAAUAUGUGCUGCUGUGGCCCGAACAGGAAAGAAACAGAGUGCACCUGAGGCGAAGUGUGCAGCUCAUGGAGAGGUCCUCAAACUCUUCUGUUUUAACGACAACGAGGUUUUGUGCUGUGUUUGUCACACAUCCAAAAAGCACCUUGGACACAGAGUCUGUCCUCUGGAAGAAGGAGCUCAGGACCUCAAGUCAGAGAUGAAGACUGAGCUGAUUCCUCUGAAAAAGAUCCUGCGCCAUCUGUAUGAAGCCAAACAAGAGUGUGAUGACACAACUGUGCACAUAAAGAACCAGACACAGGAGACAGAGAAGCAGAUCCGACAGGAGUUUGAGGAGCUUCGUGCGUUUCUACAGAAAGAGGAGGAGAGCCGACUAUCUGCACUACAGCAGGAGGAUGAGGAGAAACAAGAGCAGAUGAAGAAGAAAGCAGAGGCCAUCACCAGAGACAUCCUCAUCUACUCUCACGCCAUCAUCGCCAUUGAGAAUGAGAUGGCUGCAGAUGACGCCCACUUUCUACAGAAUUACAGCAGCACAAAAAAGAGAGCACAGCUUACUUACAAAGAACCUGAGAAGAUCCCAGGUGUCCUCAUUAAUGUAGCCAAGCACGUCAGCUCUGUCAAGUAUCACGUGUGGGAGAAGAUGGUGGAUAUGGUUGAGUACACCCCCAUCACCUUGGACCCCAACACUGCUUACUCCUGGCUGUCCCUGUCUAAAGACCUGACCAGUGUCUCCAACGGUGGCUCUGUGAAAAAGCUUCCUGAUAACCCGGAGCGCUUUGGCCACUUCGUGUUUGUGCUGGGCUCGGAAGGAUUCACUUCAGGACGCCACGCCUGGGAGGUGGAGGUGGGCGACAAGGUGGACUGGAUGCUUGGCGUGGUCAGAGAGUCCAUAGAUCGAAAAGGCCGGAUUUCAGGUUGUCCCGAAGGAGGUUUUUGGAUGAUCUCUUAUUGUGAAGGGGAGUACUCUGCCAUGACAAGACCCAGUACCACUCUAACACUGGGCUCUCCACUGUCCCGGGUCAGAGUUCAGCUGGAUUACGAUGCAGGAGAGGUCAUAUUCUCCAACCCCAUCACCAUGACAACCAUCUACACAUUUCACGACUUUUUCACUCAAAAGAUGUUUCCUUUCUUUUGCCCCGGAGCCAACAUCAACGGGAAGAACCACAAACCCCUGAAAAUUUGCCCUGUCAAAGUGGCAGUGUGGAACAGUGCCACCUGGUGAUACCAAAGGACAAUUGCAUCUAUUUACUUGUAAAUGAACAGACUUCCACUCAAUUUCAUAUUAAUUCAUAGAUCUAUCUAACAUACCAUAUGGGCAUAAUCUCUCCUCUUUGACAAAUAAAUUAUGUUUGGAGGAUAAAUAUUAGAAUUAUUGCAUUUUUAUUUUUGAUUAAAAUGUGUUACAAUUACGAGAAUGUUAAUUAAAACAUUUUGAUUACA